UUGUUUUGAACUCCGUGUAUGUAAAUAGACGCCCAGCGCUCGGCGUGGGAGGAGUUUUUGCACGAUGGUUUUAUUUUGGCUGGAUGAAUGCUCAUUUUCUGACUGCAUAUGUGGCGCUCGAUAAGAAAGUGAGUCAUGCAGCGGAAGAGCCAGCACACAGGAGAACCAUUUUAAUUGGCGUAUGCUCGGACCGGGAAGAUGGAUUGACACUGGGCCAGAUUUCCCUCCUGAGGUCCGUAGACGGUCACCUGGAAAGGCUCGCCGGGCCGUGGUCUGGCCAUGGCAGGCAGUGGCAGGGCCGGGAGGAGCUCUUUUUGGCACCUGUUCUCGGUGUUCAGGAGCAGGCCGGAGCGCGUGGUUCUGGCGCGCAGCGAGAGCGUUCCCGGCGAGAGCGUCCUGAAGAUCACCAUCACCGAGACGACCGUGAUCGAGGCCGACUCAGGGGUGUGGAACUCCAAGUCCCUGGCCUACCUGGGACUGUGGUACUUCUUCAGCUUUUGCACGCUGUUCCUCAACAAGUACAUCCUGACGCUGCUUGAGGGGGAGCCGAGCAUGCUGGGUGCUAUUCAGAUGUUGUCUACCACUAUAAUUGGCUGUAUGAAGAUGUAUGUGCCUUGCUGCCUGUACCAGCACAAGUCCAGGACGGAGUACCCUCCCAACUUCCUGAUGAUAAUGCUAUUCGUUGGAUUAAUGAGAUUCAGCACGGUGGUGUUGGGGCUGGUCAGCCUGAAGAACGUGGCCGUUUCCUUUGCGGAGACCGUGAAGAGCUCUGCGCCCAUCUUCACCGUCAUCAUGUCCAGGCUGAUCCUGGGAGAGUACAUCGGUCUGUGGGUGAACCUGUCCCUGUUCCCCAUCAUGGCUGGCCUGGCCCUCUGCACGGCAACAGAGAUCAGCUUCAACAUGCUGGGCUUCUCUGCAGCCCUCUCCACAAACAUCAUGGACUGUUUGCAGAAUGUGUUUUCAAAGAAGCUGCUCAGUGGAGACAAGUAUAAGUUUAGCCCUCCUGAGCUGCAGUUCUAUACUAGUGCUGCAGCUACCAUAAUGCUUAUUCCUGCAUGGAUUUUCAUGCUGGACCUUCCGGUGGCCGGGAAGAACGGCAGCUUCAGCAUUAACCAGGACGUUGUCGUCUUGCUGCUUUUCGCCGGGGUGCUGUUCCACCUCCAGAGCGUCACCGCGUACGCUCUCAUGGGCCGCAUCUCGCCCGUCACCUUCAGUGUGGCCAGCACGGUGAAGCACGCCCUGUCCAUCUGGCUGAGCAUCAUCGUGUUCAGCAACAGGAUCACGGUGCUGUCGGCGGUGGGGACGGUGCUGGUCAUCAUCGGGGUCAUACUGUACAACAAGGCCCGGAGGAUGCAGAGGGACACGUUGCACGCGCUGGCCCAGGCUGCCGAGGUGGACCAGAAGCUCCCGCUUCAGGAGGGGGACAAAGCUGCUGACGGACACCUCUCCUAAAACCCCUCCACGCCCUGCCCUGGAGGGUAUGAGGAGGAGGAGGAGUAUGCCUCAUCAGAUCCUUCUGGAACAGUCACCCAGGGCCUACGAUGCAGUGUUUUCUGCUCUUCCGUUCCAUCACAGAUCACCAGUUAAAAGGCCACAUUCCGCUCCUUUGGGAUGUCCAGUGAAGACGGAGACGGGUCAAACCUGAAUACUUGAUCUCUCUCUCUCGUGCCUGUGAGAGCCAGUCUCCCUGCGAGCUCCUGCAUAUUUCUGUAUUCUUGUUUCUUUUCCAGUGGGUUUUUAUUCAGUGGAAGAGUCUUAUUUUUACAUUUCUUUUUUGGUGGGGGGGGGGGGGGGGGAAGAAUUAUGUUAAAUGGUAGGGGAAAAAACCCCACUGUGCAUAACUAUUCCAGUUAUGGAAUUAUUUUGGCAACACCCUCCAGGAAUAUUACACGAACUUCAUCAGAACAUUAAAGGGUUUUGGUUGUGAGAGACAGUGGUUAGAAUACUGUGGAGUGGUCAGCAAUAUGGAUACUUCUUUUUACGCAAGUGAUCUGUGAUUUUUGUUUUGUGAAUGACGGUGAAAGUACAGCUUUGUCUAAAAGGAGGAAUACCUCAAAGUGAUUCAGAAGUGUGGCCUUGCUGUUAACGCAACACUUCACAAAACGUCUCAUGUCUCGCACAGCAAAGAAAGGCACAGACUUCAAAAUAAAUAUAUAUUUGAAUGUUGGUGUUGGGGAAAAAAAAAAAAAGCAAACAGCUCAGGUUUCUUUGGAAUUGUUCGGUGAGUGAGAGGAUGUGCUUAAUUUGUUUACAUGAGUCAGUGUAAAUGCAAAGCUUUUUAUUGCUUUUUGCAUAGAUGCAAAAUGGUUCUCAUAGUAGACUGAAAAAGGGACCCCAUAAUUCAUUACAGCUGGUAGUACUGAAUAUACAGUAUUUACCAUCACCACUUAACGUACAUACAUACAUAUAAAUUGACACAGGCAAUAUUUUAAAUCCAGUGUGUCUGUAAUGUCAAUGUCAUUCUAUGUUGGUGGAGGUUGUAGGUUUAAAGGUGGUUCUUUCAAUUUAUAAUGGAGCGGCCUGAUAUUGUAUUAAAGCUAUCCAAGGUUUUACGAAAACAAGGAAAAUACAGCAUGUUAAGAUGCACCUUUUUUGUUUGAUUCAUUUUAAGACCCCAUGGCAGAUGAGCCCUUGGGUUUUGGAUGCCUGAGGGUUGUGGUAGCACGUAUGAACCAUUGAAUUGUGCAUCCAUUCUGUAUCACUUAAUCCAGGAAUUGAUAUUUGUGCUCACUGCUCUUUUAAAAGUGCUAAUUUAUGUUGAAAGCUCUCUUGUUUAGCUGCCAUAAAACCAUCCCUGAGUGCGGGGUCUGUGCUCUUACAUACGGAAGAUGUGGUUGUAUGUAGCUUUUCUUAUUUGCAUACUAUCCCUUGUUCUCCAUAGCAGACGUUAGAAUUUUUUUUUUUUUUUUUUUUUUUUUUUUUUUGAAAAGUAGUUAAACUGGAAGUCAGUGUGACCCGCUGUGUGAACAGUGGUCCCCUCAAAUAAAAGCCUUGUCAGAAAGAAGCAAAAAAAUUCAACAUUGUUUGCUAAGCUAGAGUGCCCGACACGUAAGAAAGCAACUUGAAUUACUGUAUAGAUCGUAAUAGCAGUUUAGCCUACUAGUCAAACCUGCACCAGCCUAUAAACUUGUCAGUGCUGUGGUAUGACCACAGUGAUGUUCUCUUACUGUCCUUGGGACAUUGCUACUUUUCAGUGCUGUGCAUCAAGAAUGUACAUGACCAGUUUAAUCUAGUGUAAUGGGUUGUGUGUUUUCAUUGAUAUUAUUUUGCCACUAUGUCCGAGCACACAAGAUGCGCCUGCCUGGAAAUGAUUGUUUUUUUUGUUUUUUUUGCGCUGCUGUGUGCUUUUCUUUCGCAAUCAGAUUGCCUGUGCUCUGAAGACUACUGUGAUGAAAGAUGUUUAACCAGGUCUUUAGAAAGGGUUAAGCAGGUGUAGAUUUCCUUUUGUCCAUAUUUGUAGAAUAUAAGUCAAAAACUUGACUAUGAUGGUAUUUCUUCCUUUAUGUCUGUGGUGUAUCAAUGAGUUCUUAGAGAUUUGGUGUCUUGUUUUAACAUAUUGUGGACUAGAAUAUUAACAUUCUUGUAUUACAAAAAAAAGGGCCAAUUCAUUUUUUUUGUUUACCACAUGGACCAUAUGGACCUGAUAUUUGUGCUGUGAUUAUUAUUCCAUUCGUGAAUUGAAACAUGUUUAAUGAUUCCUGUCUUGACUCGCAUACAUUUUGUAGCAAACUGACUUUUGUCUGGUGUAGGCAUUACAGGUUUAAAACAUCAAAGUGGUUGGCCCAUGUUUUGAAAUUCCACAACGUUCGUUUCUGAAGGGUUGACCAUUUUCACUUUUAUAACUGGACAUCUUUCAGUAACUUACUGUACAGUGAAGUAUAAAAUAGGAGAAAUAUGCUGCAAAGGGAAAUGUAAGAAGCGGGGAUCUGUUAAAUUUCUAUGUUUUGUGCAAUUUCAAGAAGAUGGUCUUGCUUUUACUUUGCUUGAUUUACAGCACAAACUUGCAUUACUCUUCAAAUGCAUCAAACUGGUCUGAAAUAAAUAUUUUUAAACAUU